GUCUAUGUACGCACUCUUUACAAUCUCUUUAUCUCUCUCUUCCUCCAUAUAACAAUAUCUAGAAGCUACAGAUCCAAAAGAAAUUAAAGAAACUAGAGCAGCAUGGGAUCUAGUACUACUUCUGCUACAUUCUCCUUGGUUAUUCUUCUACUACUACUUCUACAACAUGAUCAUUUUGCGAGUGCAGACUCUAGCUUGAUCCAGAAAACCUGCAAAGCCACAAAGUACUAUGCCCUUUGCAUGUCCUCCCUCAAGUCCGAUCCCACCAGCCUAACUGCGGACGGCAAGGGCUUGGCGGCUAUUAUCGUCAGAAUUGCAACCACCAAUGCCACCGCAACCUCUUCUUACUUGUCCUCCCAAGUGCUCAGCUCUGCAAACGACGCCAACGCCAAGAAGGUGCUGAAGGAGUGUGCUGACAAGUAUGGCUACGCCGGCCAGGCCCUACAGGGUUCGCUGCAGGACCUGGCGGCGGAGUCUUAUGACUACGCUUACAUGCACAUCACUGCAGCUGCCGACUACCCUAAUGCUUGCCACAAUGCGUUUAGAAGGUAUCCGGCGUUGGCUUAUCCACCGGAGCUUGCUAGAAGAGAGGAUGCGUUGAAGCGGAUUUGUGAUGUGGUUUUGGGAAUUCUUGAUAGUCUUGGUUGGGAUUAGUGUACUGAUUGCUUAGCUACCUCGCUUACUCCUACUGCUAGCUAUUCAAUAAUGUAAACUUUCUGAAGAAACAUAUUAAAAUUAUUUUCUUGCUCAA